AUGUUUGGGGGCGAUGAAGUGUGGUUGGAAACAGGAGCGUUUGGGCGCGUGUACCACGGGCUGUACGGGCAGGAGGACGUGGCGGUGAAGCUGAUCAGCGUGUCGCCCAACAUCCCCCCUAAAGAGCUGGCGAGCAUAGAGGCGGGCAUCCUGCAGGAGAUCAACGUGUGGCACACGCUCAAGCACCCCAACAUCGUGCAGUUCGUAGGAGCCUCGCUAGACGCCAGCAACAUUGUGGCGCCAGCAGAGGCCAAGCCGCCGCCCGGCACGCCGCUGUGGGCGAUCGUCACGGAGUACAUGUCGGGCGGCACGCUUCGGAGCUAUCUGGCGCGCCGGCGGCGCCUGGCAGAGAAGGACGUGCUGCGGAUUGCCCUGGAUGUGGCGCGGGGGCUGGAGUACCUGCAUGCGCACCACAUAGUGCACCGGGACUUGAAGUCGGACAACAUCCUGGUGAGCUACAAGGGCAGCGUCAAGAUCGCUGACUUUGGCGUCGCUCGCACCGAGGCCAAGAACCCCGGCGACAUGACCUGUGAAACCGGCACUGUGCGAUGGAUGGCGCCUGAGGUGAUAGACCACAAGCCGUACACACGCAAGGUGGACGUGUACAGCUAUGGCAUCGUGCUGUGGGAGCUGGUGACGUGCGAGCUGCCCUUCAAGGGGCUCACCUUCAUCCAGCUCGCAUACAACGUCGUGCACAAGAACCAACGGCCGGACAUCCCCCCCUCAUGCAACCCCGAGGUGGCAAAGCUGAUGGCUGAGUGCUGGGACCGCGACGAGGCAGUGCGGCCCGAGUUUGCUGAGAUUGUGGCACGGCUGGAGCGCAUUCAAGCGGACUUGGGGUCGGGUGGUGAUGUCAAGAGCAAUGGGGACACGGGGACUGGGUGCUGCUCGAUACUGUAA